AUGUCAUUCUGCAGAGGUUUAGCCACGCCUGUUCAUCAACCUGUAAGUUUUCUUCGUUUUGUUUAGUUUUUAAAGUAAAGAUCUAAAAAGUUUUGUGAAUUUACUGUUUUUUAUCAAAUUAUCGACAAAUUUCGUGGGAAAAAAUAUAAAAUUUUAAUUUUCUUACAAAAAAAAUAUUUUCUGCUUCGUAUGUUUUCUGUCAAAUCGCGGCCUGGGCGCAACUCGCUAAUAUUAAUAAUUUAUGCUUUUGUACUUCUAGAAAAGUAUUUUCAAAUAGUCAAGGAUUAGCCAGUUUUACUUUUUUUUAGUUUUUGUUUGAAAUUUUAAGUAGUCUUUGUUUUUGAAAAGGGUUUUAAAGUUUUUUAACUUCUAGAGAAAGUUUGUUUUUAUGUAAAUAAAUACUUUGAAAAAUUAAUCUUGAAUUCUUUUCAGCAACCUCUGAACGUGCCAGUAACUCCUCUCUCAUCUCACAACUGUGCCACUCCUAACCAAAGCUGCACUCCACCUUCUAACUACGAUGAAUACGACUACAAUAACAACGACAAGCUACCGAUCAGCAAAAUCCCUACAACGAUACCUUGUACUUCGACUUCCGACUACACGGUGCCUGUUCCUGUGGUCGAGAACAUUGUGUCAACGUGCUUCUUGGGGACGACUUUGAACUUGAAGGAGAUUGCUACUCAAGCACGGAACGCUGAGUACAAUCCGAAGAGAUUUGCGGCUGUGGUCAUGAGAAUCAGAGAACCCAAGACGACGGCACUCAUCUUCAAUUCUGGCAAGGUUGUGGUUACUGGGGCUAAGUCGGAAGUUGCUUCUAAGUAAGUUUUUGAGGUUAUUGUAGUAUAUUGUAAGAAUUAACUAAAUUUUUUUCUCUAAAAUUUUAAAAAGAUAUUGUCCUCCGCUGUAAAUGUAGUUCUUAUUAUAAUUUAUGUUAUUUUUCAGAUUGGCUGCCAGAAAAUAUGCCAGAAUCAUACAGAAGCUCGGAUUCAACGCUCGUUUCAUGGACUUCAAGAUCCAGAAUCUGGUCGCUGCUGUCGAUGUUCAAUUUUCUGUUUACCUUGAGGGAAUUAACAUAUCUCACUGCCAAUUCAGUACAUAUGAACCUGAAAUUUUCCCAGGACUCAUAUAUCGUAUGGUUGCACCUCGAGUGGUUCUACUCAUCUUUGUCAGUGGAAAAGUAAGUGAUAACAUGUUAAUAUUAGGAAAUUGAGAUGUAAAAAGGAAGUCUUGAAAUUCGAAAGGUUUUUGAGUUUGCUUUGACAAAAAACGCAGGAAAUGUGUUUAGCUAAGUUUUUAUUCGAAAUAAUUGAAUUUUUUGUUUUUGGCCAAAUAACUUUUCUGGCUUUUAAAAACUAAAUUUCUCUAAGUUUUUGACCCCAAAGACAAAGUUUUUGUUAAUAUUUACAUAGCAAUACCAAUAUUUUAUCGUUUUGCAUCGAUCUUCUUAUGCGGAUUAUAUUUUUAUCAUGGUAUUGCACCAAACCGCUCUAUUUACUUUGAGGAUUAGCCUUAUUCUCGGUAUAUUCAAAUGUCUUUCUAUGAUGUCACAAAGAAUUUAUGCAAAUUACUUUCAGGUUGUAAUAACCGGUGCCCAACAACGAACCGAUCUCACCGAAGCCUUCCACCAGAUCUACCCGAUUCUACGUCGCUUCAAGAAAUAA